AUGUUAUUAAUGAACAACACACCAAAAAGAUAAAGAACUUAAGAGUCAGAUUUAAUAGAUUCUCUCAUUAUUAUUGAAGAUUUUAGUUUUAAGGAAAAUUAAGUUGAAUAUUAAAAUAAUCUUAAACUUAGAAAUGUAGAACUUUAAUAACUGAGAUAAAAAAAUACUAAAACUCCUACUUUAUUUAUAUCUACAUUAUCAUAAACUUAAUAAUAACUAUAAAUAAAUUCAAAAAGAGGAUCUUUAGCAGAAAUUCAUUCUAAUUUACCAAUUUCUCAAACAUAUUUAGGUUAAAUGUAAAAUAGAAAAAAAAGAGAGACAACUAAUUUAAGAUUAAAUGAAUUAUAAUCAAUAAAAAGAUACGAUUCUUUGGAAAAUUUAAUUCAAUAACCUACAAAUAGAAACUAUAUAAAAACCUAAAAUGAUUACACUACAAGAAACAAAGAUAACUUUUAUUUUAACGCCUAAUAAGUUCAAAUUUAACAAUUAAUAAAAACAUUGGGAAGCAGAAGAUAUUGA